AUGGGUCCAAGUCAGCGACCGCUCUCUGAGCUCAGUCCAGUGGCUCAAAGGCGCAACUCUCCCAGCUGGAAGGAUCCAACAAGUAAUGAAUCAUCGCCAUUUGAGAAUUCACCAUUGAAUAAUGCUACUUCUCCACGACGCUUCUGGCAAGGUCGUGACACUGGGUCCCCUUAUAGGUUGGGCCACGAGAAUAGUGAUCCGUAUGAGGGUUCCUCGAUGACGUCUUCUACAAGUAAACGAUCGUCGAUUGAGAAUUUAAUGCGCGCCUCUCGUGUCAAGAACAGCAACAUGUUUGCCAGAGAGCAUAAGCAGGAAUAUGAUCCUACCCACAUCCAAGUUUUGGAGAGGCCGCUAGCUGGUGGCAGGCCUCUUAGCCGUCAGUUUCAAAAUAGCCAAGAUGGAACGAGUCAGAAUGAUGCUCGACGUCAACUCCCAUCACAGACUGCCGGAUUUGGAAACAGUGGCGAGGAAACGGGGUCGUCGCCAGCCACGUCCAAGAGAGGAGAUGACUCUGGUUUGCCAAUAAAAUCCCCCACGUCUCAGUCGCCAGGCAAAUCGUCACUAUCGAAAGGAAGCCGGUUUGGAAGAGGAUCAGCCUCAUUUGACCCACGACGCGAAAUUUGGUCAGAUGAUGGCGACGAAAGCAGGACAAAGAGCGUCACGUUUGACGCUGCUCCCCCUCAAGUGAACGAAUAUGAGAUGACGACACCAGUUCCUUCAUCGGUAGCUUCUAGCUCACGUGAAGGAAGUUAUGAGGAUGCAAGUAAUGAAGAUAGUUUUGACCACAGUUAUUCCAUGGAGAUUGAGGACAGCUUUGACGCGUCUCUUGAAGAUACGGACAAGACUCCGGUCGUUCUCCCUGACGAAUGGCGGUACAUGACCCCUGAUAGCGCCAAUGAUGACGAUGCGGUUGGAAGCGAUGAAGAUCCUUUUAACGAAGACUUUGGGAGCCCUGGUCCUGACAUCAGGCCAAGUUCCAGGGAUUCUACUCUAUUCAAGAAUCGCAUUGAGUCAUUGGAUUCUAAUGGAGAGCGACGACCACUUCCUCCACUUCCGCCGUCUCAAUCAACUCCGCAGGCCUCAAGAAGUUCACCAAGCCCCGGACUGAGUGCGGCCUUUGAGCGUGGAAGCAGUGCUCAGCGAGAUAUGCCGCAACCUCUUCGGCCUGCUUCUUGUUCGAAAUCCGAUAUCACCAGUCCUAGUCGCAAUUCACUCUCCCUCGAAGAUAGAUUGAAGUUGAUGAUGACCGGAGACCAUAGCUAUCAGUCCGAUGCUGAAUCGCAACGCGAGCGACGAAUGAGACGUGCAGGAGCAAAAGAAAGGAGUGCUGAACGUGACCUAGAACAUAGCCACCAGUCUGAGGGCCACGAUGAGUCGACUGCCAUCGAAUCGCCCCGUAUUUCUCGCGAGUCAAUUUUGAAAAAUAUCAAAAGCCAGCAAGAGUCUUCUGAACCAAACGACUAUCAUGAUUCUUCCCACAACUCUGGGUCAUACCACUCUUUGACUUAUGAUCCCGAUGUUCCAAUUCCUUCUCUUGAGACGGACCAGCCCAUUGAAGAUGAGACUGUCAUCAUCAAAGAAGAGGAGGAUGAGGAUGAGGUUGAUCUUUAUUCAGUCCCAAACUUCGGUGAGAACGACACCAACGGUGAAAUCGACCACGCUGAAGGCCCAAGCCAGAUUGUUGAUGACUCCAGCAGUCGCUAUUCCGACACAUCAAAGGAUGAUAUACCCACUCCUCCAGAAGGUGCUUUGCAUAGCUUUGAAAUGGGGUCAGGGGAAUUAACUCCUACCAAGGCUGUCCAUUCUCCUCGAUACCCCGAACAUGAUUUGCUUGCAUCAAGCAUGUCAGGUAUUGAUGGAGAUCAUCAGUUUGACGUCCAUUUUACGUCUUACAUUGAUCAAUCCACUCCGCCUGCUGAAGAGCAUCUAGCCCAGCCUCCCCGUAUUGACCUGUCAUCUAUUCGUAACUCGCUCGACCGCCCGGGCACCCCAGAUUCUGUAAUUCGUCACCCAGUGUCCCCAGAAGAGUCCCCAGACAGGUCACUUAUUGUGCCCGAGCCAAUUGCGACUAUCAAGGCUCCCGGAGGUACCUACAAGACACGAACCUCACUGACACCUGCAGAUGUCAGCACCAUGGCGGCAACACGCCGUAGGGUCAGUGGCCAAGACGUUCCAGUUUCGCCCAUUGAAGAGUUCACGCCUUCAUUGCCACGCAUAGAAAAGGCCUCCAAAGAAGAGUUUGUUGAAAAAGAUACCUCCGAGGAAGUUAAGGCGGCGGGUCUUGCACCCCGGCAAGAAAAGUCCCGAAUCAGCUCCCUUGUGAAGCUUGACAUUCCUAUGGACUCCGGUAGCGAUGGUUUCGGGCUCGAUGCCGAGUUCGACCGAGUAAUGGAGGCUCAAAAGGUAGCAUUUGAUAUUCCCUUUUCUCAACUUUCCGCGCAGGUAUCGUCAAAUGCAGGCAAUCAAGCACAAGACACUCCACACUCCUCCCUUGAUACACAAAAAGCUGACACCACGACAACAAAACAGAGAGGCUACUUGAUGAGACAGAACACGAAGAUGGUAGUUGCUACUAGUCGUCCGGAAGAUGAUGAGAACACCGAAUCCUUAAACGCUCCAAACUCUCCAAGGAAAGCUAGUCAGCAAACAUGGACCACUGAGCCAUGGACCCCCAAAUCUAGGCGCCAAAGCAUUAAAUUGGCGGGAGCAGUGCCCCGGAAAAAGAUUGCAGAAGAGCCUGUUCCACCUCUUCCCGGCCAAGAAAGCAGUGUUAAGGAUGCGCCAAAUGGGGGUGAAGAAGCUGCUGAAGCUGAUAACAAUGCAGAGGAAGGUGAUCGUGGAAGAUUGUUCGUCAAAGUAGUUGGUGCGAAAGAUUUGGAUCUCCCCCUACCCCGAGGCGAACGAUCUUAUUUCUCGCUCACCCUUGAUAAUGGUUUGCACUGUGUCACAACUUCGUGCCUAGAGCUAGGCCGAUCAGCUCCAAUUGGCCAAGAGUUCGAACUUGUUGUUAUGCAAGAGCUUGAGUUUCAAUUAACUCUUCAAAUGAAGCCUGACCAAAUCAAGCCCAAGCCACAACUGGUACGGCCCGCUUCCCCUGCCAAAAUCCCGAAGCCGCAGAAGUCGUCUACUUUUAGUCGCGUUUUUGCCUCCCCCAAGAAACGUCGAGAGAUGGAGCUUCGUCAACAACAAGAGGCGCAGCAGCUACAGAAAAGGCAGGCUGAAGAGAAGGCUUUGGCCAAUAUUAUCGAUCCAUGGGAGAAAAUUCGAAAGAUUGUUGAUAAAGAUGGAAACUUUGCGCGCGCUUAUGUCUCGCUUGCUGAUUUCGAAGAGCGAGCUUUUGGGCGCCCGCUCACCGUUGAUGUUACUUGUUUCAAUGAAUGGGCCAUUGACGAGACCGUAAGCAGUGUAAAGAGCAAACGAAGCACAGCAACUACUGUCUCACGUCGACCUCCUUAUAAGAUCGGUACCCUGGAACUUCAAUUACUAUACGUUCCAAAACCAAAAGGCGCCUCUGACGAUGAUAUGCCUAAGAGCAUGAACGCCUGUAUCCGCGAAAUGAGAGACGCGGACCAUACAGCUUCCAGAAGCUGGGAAGGGUUCUUGUCCCAGCAAGGAGGUGAUUGUCCUUACUGGCGUCGCCGUCUAUUCAAGCUCCAAGGAUCUAAACUGACUGCAUUCCACGAGGUUACUCGCCAACCUCGCGCCACAAUCAACUUGGCCAAGGCUGUCAAAUUGAUUGAUGAUAAGUCGUCUCUCACCCAAAAGGAAACAUCUGCCAAGGGUGGCCGGAGACGUAAAUCUGCCUUUGCUGAGGAAGAAGAAGGCUAUAUGUUUGUUGAAGAAGGAUUCAGAAUCCGCUUCGGAAACGGAGAGGUCAUUGACUUCUAUGCCGAUAGCAGAGCCGAGAAAGAAGGGUGGAUGAAAGUCCUCUCUGAGACCGUCGGAAAGGGCUCCUCUGGAAGUGGCCAAGUGAAGCCUUGGACUGAUCUUGUUCUACGCCGUGAAAAGAACCUCAACAUCAAACGACCUCUUCCUGAGGAGAAGAAGCUACUAGUUGAAGAGAAAAAGAGCGUCAGACAUUCAUAUGCACCUCCACCUCCACCCAAGGAGCAUCACAUCGGUCAAGCACGACCAACCCCUGCGGCCGCUCCACGCCCCAGGCACCAACCCCAGCUAUCACAGUCCAACAUCAGUUCGCUAGAGGCUCGACGCCAAAAGACUCGAUCACUUAUCUUCUAA